AUCAUAGAUUCAAUACUAGUAGUAUUAGAGAAAUCAAUGAAUAUAAAGAAGUCUAUAAAUUUAAUAUUGGUAAUAAUAGAGAAAAUAAAGAGCAUGAAGAUUAUGAAUUUAAUAACGAUAAUGUUAGAGAGAAUAAGGAGUUUGAAGGUUAUAAAUUUAAUAAUAGCAGAAUUAGAGAAAAUGAAGAGUAUGAAGAUAUUGAGAGUAGCAGUGAAGAUAAUAAGGAGUGUAAAGAUUAUAAAUUUAAUAAUGGCAAUGUUAAAAAAAAUAAGGAGUUUGAAGGUUAUGAAUUUAAUAAUAAUAGUAUUAGAGAAAAUAAGGAGUAUGAGGAUAUUAAGAUUA